CUCUUAUUGGAAUAAAUAUGUGCCUGUCGAUACUUACAUUCGAUACUUACAUUUAUUCUCUCUAGUUACAUUAAUCCUAAUAAUUAAUUUGUUUCUCUUGUUUCUUCCUUACUUUAGCAGUUUAAUUGAAUUUCUCAAAUGUUAAAAUAAAUAGUGGUAAUUUGAAAGUUUUAAAAAUAAUUAAGAAACAAUUUAAUCAAAUUUUCCAGAUUCCACUGCCACCUUUUAUAAAUCAGCGUUUACGACAUUCUAUGUUUCGGAUAGUUGACCCACCCCCCAAUUUCAGGCAGAGCGCCAGCGAGUGGGUCUAUAAGAUGUUAUUUCUCUGGUCGAGGGAACCAACUCCAGAUCCCAGAACCGGUCCAUGGUUCGCCUGGUUCGCGACGGCUGUAUUGUUGUGGCGUUGUCGACGUCGCAUCACCAGAGCGAUUUUAGCAAUCUCGCCGCUGAGAUUGUUAAAGAGACGUGCUGCCGGUCUAGGGAUCAAUCAAAAGAUGAUUCUAAAACAACAGAAGAGACACAGUCUGGCUCAGUUACACAAGCAUAAAACUGUCGGCAUACGACGAGCAAAACGAUUGUGCACCGGCGACGGUCCGCAUGUAUCCAGCAGUAUAUCCAUGAUGCAAACCGUGCCACAGAUUCACUACAGGGUCACUAGGAGCGGCAGAGUCUAUGGGAAAUACCCGAACAAGACCGCCAUCCCAAACAGCAUUCAAGAAAGCCAUUGACAUCGCACUAGACUCGAACUUUCAAUCACUGUUUUUGUCCCUGUAUAAAUUUCGUAAUUGUUGUUUUCGUCUUGUCAACAUAAUUAUUACAUACUCUUUGAAAAAAAAACCGUUUAAUAUGAUAUUUAUGAUAUUUAUCUUUUUUUUUGACAUAAAUUCUUUUAUAAAAAAUGUGCUUCACAUACUUGUCUAUAUAAAAGUUUAGAAAUGUGCGCUGCGGUAAUUUUUUCACGCUUUUUAAGAAUCACAUAGUUUUGACAGAUUUUAAUAAAUUGUUCAUAUUUUACAAGAUUUAAAAGUAAUACCAAAAUAUAUUUAACUUAGCUGUUUUUGGUAUUGCAUAAUACUUAUCCUGCAGAUAACAUAAGAAUUAUAUGACAAAUAUGUGUUUUAAGCAAAACCAAAUCAUUUUCUUUUUAAUCGAUAUACA